AACAUUUAGUUUGAGAUUUUCCAAUGGCUUUUACUAAGCAAGUUGUCGUGUUUCUUGUUUUCGUCGGCAUAUUCAAUAUAUGUAAUGCUCAAGGGUUGAAACUCGGCUUCUACAAGAAGACGUGUCCAUCUGCUGAGGCGAUUGUGAAAAAGGAAACGGCAAAUAUUAUUUCUCUUGCUCCAACUCUUGCUGCUCCUAUUCUCAGAAUGCAUUUCCAUGAUUGUUUUGUUAGAGGGUGUGAUGGUUCUAUUCUACUGAACUCAACAACAAACAACCAAGCUGAGAAAGAUUCAUUUCCCAAUCUAUCGCUUAGAGGAUUCGGAUCUAUCGAUAAAGUGAAAUCCGCGGUGGAAAAGAAGUGCCCCGGUGUCGUUUCUUGUGCCGAUAUAUUAGCUCUCGUCUCACGAGAUGCAGUUUCACUUCUGCAUGGAGCAUUCUGGCCAGUACCUUUGGGAAGAAGAGAUGGAAGAGUGUCAAACAGCACAGAGGUUUUGUUCAAUCUUCCACCUCCCUUUUUCAACAUCACCCAAUUGAAAGCUAACUUUGCCUCAAAGGGCUUGAAUGCAAAGGACCUUGUUGUUCUCUCAGGAGGCCACACCAUAGGAACAUCACACUGUUCGAGCUUCACUAACCGGCUAUACAACUUCACGGGAAGAGGAGAUAGCGACCCGUCGUUGGACUCGAACUACGUCGCUCGUCUUAAAACCAGAUGCAGCGCAACGGAUACCACAACACUCGUCGAGAUGGACCCCGGGAGUUUUAAGACAUUCGACACGGAUUAUUACAGCCUUGUCGCUAAAAGAAGAGGUCUUUUCACUUCGGACGCAGCUCUUCUUACCGAUUCCGAGACUAGGGCUUACGUCACCAGCCAUGCUACUCCUCGGGGUUCGAAGACUUUCUUCAAGGAUUUCGCUAAGUCAAUGGUGAAAAUGGGUAAGAUUGGUGUUCUGACCGGGAGCAGGGGUGAAAUUAGGAAAACAUGUGGUUUCGUUAAUUAAUUAAUUAAUUAAUUUUUGG